AGCACCGUCACAUUAUUUAGUUAUUGAAUUAUAAAUCGUGUACGAGAAAAGCGUAUAGGUUAUGUCGUUAUGAGAAAAUUAAAUUGCGUUUGUGUGUUCCUGUGUUUAGUGGUCGAGUUUCAUUAUGGAGCUAUGCAGACGGAAAAUGUUACAGAGUCAGGAACACAGAUGGAGCUAGUUACGUCGUCAGCACCAACUGACCUGGUCUGCAGCACGUGCUCCUGCGAUGCUGGAGCGGUGGAUUGCCAAAAGCGAGAUAUACGGAGACCGUUCCUGUGGGAAGACUGGGAAGGUCUCAAACCCCACCAGCCAACAUCAGUAGACCUGAGCUUCAAUCCUCUAGGUUCCCUUACAAAGAUAGCUCCCCUGCCGAUCCAGCACCUGACUCUAUCCAGCUGUGAGAUAGAAAGUAUCCAAGGGCGGAGCUUCAGCAAACUGGCGGACCUGGUCACCCUGGACUUGAGUUACAACAAGAUCGUCAGUCUGGAUCGGCAGGUAUUUGAAGGCCCUACAAUACCAGGUCAAGAGCCUCAGCCAUUUGCGAAGAUGAGGACCCUGAAUCUGUCCCACAACGAACUCCACGCGCUGCCCCAAGACCUGUUCAUCGCUUUGCCAGAACUGACGACUUUAGACCUCAGCGGUAACCCACUGCGGUAUAUAGACCAGGUUACGAUGGCUGCUGUUACCAUGCUGACUAAAUUGAAGGAAUUGAAUCUCAGCAGCUGUGAGCUGGAGACCCUCCCCGAGGGUCUGUUCCGUCGUCAGCGUCGUCUGGAGCGCCUGGACCUCUCCGCCAACCUGUUCACCAGCGUCCCUGCUACCCUCGGCGAGACCGCCAACUUGGUCUACUUGAGACUCGAUGAGAAUCCUUUUGCCAGCUUGGAUGAGGGCACAGCUAUAUCAAAACUGACCAGCCUUCAAGAGCUUCACCUCAAUCGGCUCAGCAAACUCCAGUCCAUAUCUGAAGGCGCUCUCGGACAGCUAGAGAGCCUGACCUCUCUAUACCUGUGCUGUAACCGUAGACUGACCACGCUAGACCCUGGCUUCUUGAUGUGGACUGAUGAGCUGGAGGUCGAGAGGUUUCCUUUGCUUCAAAAGCUCCACCUGAACAACAAUAACCUGUCCAUCAUCAGCUCCGAGUACCUGGACCGCUGGGACCGACUGGUGGAGGUGGACGUCAGCAACAACCCAUACACCUGCGACUGCCACAUCCAGUGGAUGAUAGAUGUACUGGUACCGCUCCUCAACUCCACUGGUGAUGCUUCCAACAUGGUUUGCAAAAGACCUCAAGAGGUCCGUGGUAUAUCCUUGGAUAAACUCAGCGCUAUGUCCAAGACGUUGACAUGCCCAGACACGGAAAACCUCACACAACACCCAGCAUCUGAUGGUGCUAUUAUCUUAGGUAUUAUGAUAGGUAUAUUCGUGACAUUCCCGCUAGUGUUUCUAACCGUGAUAGUGUGGAGAAGAGGAUAUUUUACCAAGUGUCGUGCGAGAGUGAUACGUGUGAAGGAAUAUGACGAAGAUGACGAUGCAUUUUAGAGUUAUAUGCAGGGUGUUAGUCAUCGUAACGACGGAAAACACUUGAUAUUAACUCAGAAUCAUGGACCGAAUCAUCCCCCUCAGUGUUCGUUACGAUGUCACUAACACCUGUAUUUGAUUUGAUUACAUUAGGUAAUAGGUACUUCAACCGUGGUGUCUUAUGACAUAUGACAUUAGUGUAGUGAGAUAAUUAUGAUAUUUCACAAAUUUUAUAAUAAGGUAAUU